AUGAUACGCCCUCGAGCUACCCGCCAAGCAGCCUUGGCCAUAUCCCGCACACGAUGGACAUGUCCAGCCUGCCUCUCCCGCCGAAAUUACGCCCAGAAGCCAGAGAAGCGCGAACCCCCCGACCACAGAAAACUAGGACUCCAACAAGAACUAUUCAUAACCUCCCCAUACAGUCCCGGAUCGCCAAUCUUCCUCCCCAACGGAGCCAGAAUAUUCAACCGCCUAGUCAACUUCCUGCGAAAGCAAUACGUGCGCUAUGGCUUCCAGGAAGUCAUCACGCCGACGAUCUACAAAAAAGCACUCUGGGCCAAGUCCGGCCACCUGGAAAACUACGCAGACGACAUGUUCUCCGUGACAGGCAACACGCCCGCAAAAGAAACCGACGGCUGCUGUGGAAGCAGUCACGCCACCGAAACGGACCUCGAGGCCGAUGACGAAUAUAGCCUCAAGCCGAUGAACUGUCCCGGACACUGCCUCAUAUUUGCGUCAAAAGUCCACAGCUACCGCGAACUGCCAGUCCGAUACGCCGACUUCAGUCCCCUCCACAGGAACGAAAUAUCCGGCGCUCUCUCCGGACUAACCCGCGUACGCAGAUUCCACCAAGACGACGGGCACAUCUUCUGCCGCCCCUCGCAAGUCGAAGAGGAAAUCAAGAAAACGCUCGACUUCGUCAAGGCGGUGUACAAUGUUCUCCGUCUAGGUGUCAGUUACAGACUCGCGCUGUCCACACGGCCCAAGGACCAUUUCAUCGGGACGGAGGAGGAGUGGAACAGGGCCGAAGACCGGCUAAAGCGGGCGUUGGACUCGUCAGGCAUGGAAUGGAGUAUCAACGAGGGCGACGGUGCGUUUUACGGUCCCAAAAUCGAUAUUGUUAUAAAGGACUCAGAUGGGAAGGAGCACCAAACCGCCACGAUUCAGUUGGAUUUUCAACUUCCCAAGCGGUUUGAGCUCGAAUAUCAAGCACCCGCACCCGAAUUUGAAGCAAGGGGGGAGACGACAGAUGAUCCCGCUUUGCUGGCGGAAUAUGGUCCCGUACGACCGGUCAUGAUUCAUCGAGCUGUGCUGGGUUCAGUCGAACGUCUCAUGGCACUGCUUAUUGAGUCAUAUGACGGCAAGUGGCCCUUCUGGCUCAACCCACGACAAGCCAUUAUACUCUCGGUCAAUACUUCACAACCGGUUCUGGACUGGGCAGACGAGGUUAAAGAUGUGCUUCUUGGUUUGAAGAAGGUGGCUGGCCAACCUGGGCCAGCGGGACCCGUGAAUCCUACUGGCCUAGCCGUUGAUAUUGACUACACCGCUCGAUCACUCGGCUCAAAGAUUCGAGAAGCCAGAACCCACGGAUACAGUCAAAUAUUGGUUGUUGGCGAAGAAGACGUCAAGAACCGCCAAGUCAGCCUAGGCAAGGAAAGAAUGAGUCCCAUAGAGAUGCGUGACAAGAUGCUCAACAUGGCAGAUGCGUUUGAAUAG